AGAGUGGAAGAGAUGGAGACGACAACUUUUACAAGUGAAAGAAGCAGUGAAGUAGGAGAUGCAGGAGAGGGGAAUAUGCAGCAGCAGGUGCAGGCAGUGGCGGAGGUGGAGAAGAAACAGAUGAAGGUGAUGGUGGCAAUUGAAGAGUGCGAAGAGAGCUUCAAUGCUCUCAAGUGGGCUCUCGAAAACCUAUUUUUCUUCUUGUCUUCUUCUUCUGCAGGUGUGGCAGCCGAGACUGAGCUAACCCAGAAUCAAGAACAUGGCAUUGUUAUCCUCCUCCACGUUCAGCAGCCUUUCCAGAACUAUAUUGUUCCCGUUGGUCCAAUUAUUCAUGCAACACCUUCUAUGUUGAUGUCAGUAAGGAAAGCCCAAGAACAAAACUCUGCAGUACUAAUGGCCCGUGCAUUGAAAUUAUGCAAGGAGAGGCAGGUAAGAGCCGAAGCUAUGAUUCUAGAUGGAGAACCCAAGGAAAUGAUUUGUGAGGCUGCUGAGCAGAUUCAACCUACUAUCCUAGUGGUUGGUAGCCGUGGCCUUGGCAAGAUUAAGAGGGCAUUUUUGGGAAGUGUUAGUGACUACUGUGCACAUCAUGCUAAUUGCCCGAUUCUCAUUGUGAAGCCGCCAAAGUGAAGAAUCUAUUAACAGUAGGGUUGAGUUUGUGGCGUUUACAUUGAAGGGGAGAAGUAGUCUUUCCUAUUAAUAAUGAUGACUGGA